UUCAAAGAUCAACAUUCAUUGCGAAAACCCAUUCACCUCACCAUUGAACAUCAUCCGAUAAUUCAAAAUUAAAUCACAACACAAAAUUAUUCAAAUUUUUACUUUUAAUUAGAAGUUUGUACAAAAAUGCUUACGUCUUUUUCUCGUCAGUUGUGUGACACACACAACUUGCGUCAGUGUUAUACUUGAAUAAACAAUUUGCUCAUUACUGCUCAGCUCAAGUAGCUCAACUAAAGAUUGCACUUUAAUUUAAUUGGAAUAUCUCGCCAUUAAGAGGUUCCGAAAAAUACAACUAAUUGUUCUAUUCCGGUAGUGCGAUAUUAAGCUCAAGUCAGAGCAAUAACUUGUUCCAAAUUGCUCAGACGAAAGUGACGUUAAAUUAGGCUGGGGUUCACUUGGUAGGAUGAUAAUUGUUCGUCGCAGCUCGUCUAAUGUGAACAAGCUCCAAAGAAACAUUUUAACCAUCAGCACUUCCUCUUCAAUGACGUCCCCACUCCCCGUGUCGGCAUCCACGACAACUUCAACCUGCGGAGGAGGCCAGAGCCAAUUCUUUGACUGGGCGUACGUCCUCUCUCCCGAGAACAAGUUAAGAACAACGCAAAUUCUUUCGUUGGACAGGGACAAUUGCAAUCUCAAUUUCAAGAACUUGUCUAACCAAGACAACCCCGAGUACCGCAAGGCAGCAGUUCUUCUUCCUCUCUGUUUCGAUAAGAAUGGAAAACCGUCCUUGCUCUACAAUUUGAGGUCACUCCAAUUAACCACGCACAGAGGAGAAAUUUCAUUUCCGGGUGGGAGUCUAGACCCGGAAGAUAAAGGUUGUCCGAUCGCCGGUGCGGUGAGGGAAACGCACGAAGAAUUAGGAAUCCAUCCGAAUGACAUCGAAAUUUGGACAACGUUGCGAAUGUUUCCCACAAUAGCUUCAAAUAUGGGAGUGAUUCCUGUUCUUGGGUUUGUCAAAGGGAUAAUGGACCCUGCAAAACUGAGGAUCAAUCCGAGUGAAGUUGAUCAUGCGUUUACCAUUACACUUGAGCAUUUAUGUGACCCCAAGAACUGGGAAGAAGGUGUAAAGAGAAAAUUCAUGGGUCAAAGCUACAGAAUGCCAAUGUGGAAGAAUUUAAACGUCUACAGUGGACCUGGGACUGAAGAAAUUCAUUUGUGGGGACUAACCGCGUUUGUGACGCAUAUUGCACUGCUCGCCCUCCUUCCCGGCGAUGUUUACGAGAGAAAGUUACCGUACCUGAAUCUGCAGUUAAAGAAAUUGAAAAAUAGUCCAAAUUUGUGAGAAUAUCAAAUAGUACAUUUUUGUAAUUCACGCUUUAAUCUGUUGCUUGUGAUUGAAUCAUAAAAACCUAAUUGGUGAAAGCGGAAAUUUACUCAAUUAUGAGGAGAUCAGAAUGUGAUGGUGCUUUUUUGUAAGAGUUAUGUAAGUACAAUCAAAAGUUAAGUUGUGCCUUCUAAAUUUUCACAAAUUAUUGUAAUAAUAUUGGUGUGCACCGUUCAAUUUUUAGUGGUCGCUGUGAACUAAAAACAGUUCUGGUGGUUAGUACAAAGUACCGUCUACAUAUUAUUACUACUAGUACUUGCCAAAAAAUAGUCUAUACCUUAAAUUGCGAGUUCCUUUAAUUUUAGCUGGAAAUUGGUAAUACAACUCCAACUCGGUUGUUAUCUGUUAUCAUCUAGUCAAUAUAGUUUGGGGCAUAUUCACCUUAAUGAUAGUUGUUGGGCUCAAAACCAUAAAUGACAGCGUCUGGUACGCAUUUACUUGUAGAACUUGGUAAGUUUACUUAUGUUGUGAUGUCCGUCGAACUUUCUCAAGUCAGAGUAAGAAACUAAUCCGAAACUAAACUGAAUUGAUACAAUUUCGCAAUAUUGUUUAUUGAUUGACUUUUUAACGUAUGUAUGUACGAACGCAUGUAUUUAUCAUGAAUAAAAAGUUUACAUUUUAAUUGGAA